CUGUUCCGCGCCCUGGGUGACCAGCUCGAGGGGCACUCGCGGAACCACCUCAGACACCGCCAGGACACAGUAGAUUUCAUGCUGAAGCAGCGGGAGGACUUUGAGCCAUUUGUGGAGGAUGACGUGCCCUUUGAGAAACACGUUACGAAUUUGGCGAAACCCGGUACCUUUGCUGGCAACGACGCUAUUGUGGCCUUUGCGAGGAACAAUCAAGUGAAUGUGGUCAUUCAUCAGCUUAACGCUCCGCUGUGGCAGAUUCGGGGCACGGACAAAAAAAAGGCGAGGGAACUCCAUAUCGCUUAUCGCUACGGGGAGCACUACGACAGCGUGAGGAGAAUCGACGACGAUUCCGAAGCUCCGGCGAAUCUUCAGAUGGAGAUGCUUUGCAAAAACGAUUCCAACAAGGGGGAAGAAGCGAAGCCUGGGAAGGGUGACUCUGAAGACGAGAUCGAAGCUGACGUAGAAGACGCUGUACAAAAAGUGUGCAGCGCCACGGGAUGUUCGGACACGGAGUUCGUGAGCCGAGUCCUGGAAGUGGAGGACUACAGUGUGGAAUCUGCAAUAUUUGCCAUCUUGCAAGCGAAUGAAGUGGAAAGAAUCGGCACUGAGGAGCAGCAGGAUCCCCAGAGUGAAGAUCAGCAGUCGGGUGGCGCGACUCCGCAGGAAGAAACCGGAGGCGGUUCAACAAUCUCGGGAAAUCAGAGGUUGCGUCGGGACGAACUAGAAAACAGCAAAGGGCAAGAUAGAGCCAAGGAAGAGAAUCGAGCUCGCAGGAACCCAAAGGUGUGCAAAAAACAAAAGAGGGAACAGCAGCGGCUGGAGAAGAAGAAGCGGCAGGAAGAAAGGCACCGACAGAAGGUCUUGGCCAACAAAAGUAACUGCCCGGACGGCGGCAGGGAACAGACGGACUCGGGCAGCCGCGUCACCUUGGUGAAGGCUGUGGCAGCUCUGAACAUCUGA